AUGAAGUUCUUCGCCACUGCCCUUCUCUUCGCCGCUACUGCCAUGGCAUUGCCCGGCCACGGUGGCUCCAACACUGAAGUCAGCCCAUCCUCCGACAACAAGGUCAAGAACGCUGUCAACCAGUGUGCCAACACCGGUGACUUGAAGUGUUGCAACAAGGUCAACCAGAACAAGGGUGUUACCCAGAACAACGUCGGUCUUCUGUCCAACGUCCUCGGCGCCGUCGGCAACGAGGGCCUUGGUCUCGGCGAGAACUGUCAAUCCCUGAACAUUCCCGUCAAUGUCAUUGGCGCCGCCGGUCUGACCGACUUCUUGAAGAAGAACUGCCAGCAGCAAGUUGCCUGCUGCCAGAACAGCAACUCACAGGCCAACAACAACCUCGUCGGUGUGGCUCUUCCCUGUGUCAGCUUCGGCAGCCUUCUCUAG